UCGCACAAGCCCCUUAGUAAAUCUCUACUCGCACAAAUAUUACGUAAUGCCAAGUGCACGAUUUCGCUGAGACUGCUAAGGUGCGGACACUGCGUGCCUACCGCACAUUUCCAUGCUCGAAAGCACCGCCGCCAUCCGCACGCACACGGCACGGCAGGUGCGAGGCGCAGCAAACACGCCUCUAUGAACGUGACCAAGCGACCUCAGCUUUAAUCGUGCCAGCAUGGACAGUUCCGUAGCGGGGGUAUAGCUGCCGGUACGAUCGAUGCGCAAUGGCAAACACGGAGUGCGACGAGAAUGUUACUCCAGAAGGCCAGCACUUUCGAGCCCCCUACGUUGCCGACGCAAGGCGUCAAGAUCUGGAGAACCCCACAAGCUUCCAGUGCAGACGGUGUGAUAAUCGAUUCAUGAGCCAAGAAAUGGCAAUAUUGCACGACGAGAUGGAACACACGAGAGCACCUGUACAUCGCCAAAGUACCGAAGCGUCUAGUAAGCCUUCCGGCGAGCCCGUAAGGAGCCCUGGAUUACGGAGUAUUUAUCAGCAAACCUCAGCCCUUAUCGCCAACGAUGUCCGUCGUUUAUUGGACAGGAACCACGAUAUACACGCCGCCCGUUCUGCAUACAACUUACUUUUAGCGUUAGAGCACCUGUGGCAGUCGGCCCCAAGUUGUGCCGCUUUGCUGGCCAAAGCGAUACCACAACGUUCAAAACUGGUUGAACUUUCGUCCAAGUUACCAUGCCGUCAAGGUCCCCUUUGGAAAGCUCUUGAUAGUGACGACCGCUCGGUCCUCAGGAUGCUCCGGCAGGCUAUAUUCUCCGAGAAAGAAGAGAUCAUGAGGCUACGCGGGGACAGUGCGGCUUCCUUCCUGACUCUCGUCGACUUGAUUCUGUAUCCUAGUGGUCUCGGACAGGAUCUCCGAUUCUCUCAGCUGCUGACCGCUGCGCUGGAUACAGGCGUGCAAGCCUUCAGAAGCCAGCUGCAGCGUGCCAGUGUAAGGCUAUCGAUGGCCUCGUUUCAACUCCCGGAGGGUUUGUACCUCACAGGCGUCGCCCUAAUGGACUCAGAGCACGUUGCUACUGGGGCAUACGCUGACGUUCGCAUGGGCCGAUAUCUCGGGCGCCUAGUGGCACUGAAGACGAUGCGAGUUUUCAGCCGACAGAAACCCAACGAGCUACACAAGAGCCAGAAGACAUUUUGUCGCGAGAUCUCGCUAUUGCACGGCCUCGACCACCAAAACAUAUGCGGACUCAUUGGCGUUGACCGCGCAUUAUUUGGCGGACGUUUCUGUCUGGUGAUGGAUUGGAUGCCGCAUGGGAACGUCAUUGACUUUAUUCGGGCCAACUCUUUUGUUCUCGGUGAAGUUGAACAGCUCGUGAUGGAGAUAGGCCUGGCGUUAGAAUACCUACAUAGCAAGAAUGUGGUCCAUGGAGACCUGCAUGUGAGAAACAUUCUUAUCGACGCUGGCCGUCACGUCCGUCUUGCAGACUUUGGAUUGUCAGAUUUCUCCGACGCAUCCUCUGCCAGCGUCAGCUCCGCGUCUAUUGGUGCGGUUCGAUUUAUGGCGCCCGAAAUUUUGGACCCGGAGAGAUUUGAUUUACAGCGCGUGCAGCACACUCCCAAAAGCGACAUCCACUCAUUUGCGAUGUGUGUUUGGACGAUCUUUGAUGGCAAUGCCCCAUUCCACGAUUACUUAGCAGUCAAGGCUACGUUGGCGAUUAUCGAAGGCAAGCGCCCCUCGCAGCAUACAGCCAUGCACCCUCUCCCGUCACCUUUAUGGUCUCUACUGAAUCUUUGCUGGCAAGAGCAGCCGAGAGAUAGGCCCAGCUCUCCGGAUCUCUGCCUUCGCCUUCAGCACAUAUUCAACUCUCCCGCUUCCGCUUUAUCGACGUCCCGUUCAAAGACGAAAGGCCUCAGCAGCGAAAGAUCGAGCCCAGCACCCUGUCUGCGCGAGGACGAUUCUGAUAACGAGUCAACCGCUGGCAUCUGCAACGAGAGCGACGAUGGCGGACUCAACCCGCGUCAAACACUGCAGCGGAGCCGCGGCGUGCAGUCCACCAGAUGCACGCCUGUCGCGAAGUCCAAUUUGCUGAACAUCCCGCUACCGAGCCCAGUUGAGCGUCCGCGCACCAGUCCGGCAGUCAUACAAAGCUCGGUGCCGCCAACCGUCCGCAACCUGGC